AUGGACACCGGCCUCAAUGGCAGUUUCACAUCCCCUCUCGCAAAUGCCAACCUACGUAUUCAUCGCGACGUGGACAGUGCUGGCUUAUUAUCCAGUGUCUACAAUGGUGUCAGUGGAUGGAAUGCUGUGCUCACCCUCCUCCUAACUCUCAUCGCAUAUGAUCAAUUCAGCUAUAAAUGGCAGAAGGGUUCUCUCAUCGGCCCAGCAUGGAAAAUACCUUUUAUGGGCCCGUUCCUCGAAUCCGUCUAUCCUAAUUUCCUUGAAUACAAAGCAAAAUGGGCCAGCGGUACCUUAAGCUGCGUGUCGGUCUUUCACAAAUUCGUCGUUAUUGCCUCGACCCGAGAUAUGGCCCGCAAGGUCUUCAACUCGCCCCAAUACGUCAAACCCUGCGUGGUUGAUGUGGCACACAAACUCUUACGCCCUAACAACUGGGUUUUUCUCGAUGGAAAGGCGCAUGUGGAAUAUCGAAAAGGUCUCAACGGUCUAUUCACGCGACAGGCGCUCGAGAUGUACCUGCCGGGACAAGAGGAAGUCUACAACAAAUACUUUGCAAGGUUUCUGGAAAUUUCCGAAGAGAACAAUGGCAAAGCAAUUCCAUGGAUGCCGGUGUUCCGUGAAUUGAUGUGCGCUGUCUCAUGUCGAACGUUUGUCGGACAUUACAUGUCGGAUCGUGUUGUCAAGAAGAUCGCCGAUGAUUACUACCUGAUCACUGCGGCGCUCGAGCUGGUCAAUUUCCCCAUGAUCAUCCCGUUCACAAAGACUUGGUAUGGAAAGAAGGCUGCGGAUAUGGUCCUGGACGAGUUCGCCAAAUGCGCGGCGAAGUCGAAGGUCCGAAUUGCUGCCGGAGGCGAUGUUACCUGCAUCAUGGAUGCCUGGAUCAAAUCAAUGCACGACUCAGCCCAAUACCGUGAGAGGAUUGCAAAAGGUGUCAAGGUCGAGGAUGCGGGCAAGCCGGCGAUGUUACUGCGAGAAUUCUCUGACUUUGAGAUUGCUAUGACGUUGUUCACCUUCCUGUUCGCAUCACAAGAUGCUACCAGCAGCGCGUCCACGUGGCUGUUCCAAAUCCUGGCCGAUCGACCAGAUCUGCUUGACAAAGUGAGGGAGGAGAACCUGAGGGUGAGGGGUGGAGACAAGGACGUACCGUUCAGCAUGGAUCUGCUCGAAUCGAUGGUGUACACACGAGCAUUCGUCAAGGAGACACUACGAUACCGGCCGCCAGUCAUCAUGGUACCGUAUGAAGUGAAGAGGGACUUUCCCAUUACCGACAACUACAUUUUGAAGAAGGGGUCAAUGGUUGUCCCGUCGGUAUGGCCAGCCACCCAUGAUCCUGAGGCAUACCCAAAUCCAGACUCGUUCGACCCCGAGAGAUGGAUCACUGGUGAUGCGGAAAAGCAAUCCAAGAAUUGGCUUGUGUUCGGGACAGGGCCUCAUUACUGCCUGGGCCAGAUUUAUGCAAUGCUAAAUCUGAUGGCUAUGAUCGGCAAGGCAAGUAUGCAUCUGGAUUGGGUACAUCAUGCCACACCACUCUCUGAGGAUAUUAAAGUGUUUGCAACCAUCUUCCCUCAGACCUCCCUCGACCCAGGAAGAGCCGCUUUCGCGCCAUUCCAAGCCCAAGCCCAAGCCCAAGCCCAAGCCCAAGCCCAAGCCCAAGCCCAAGCCCAAGCCCAAGCCCAAGCCCAAGCCCAAGCCCAAGCCCAAGCCCAAGCCCAAGCCCAAGCCCAAGCCCAAGCCCAAGCCCAAGCCCAAGCCCAAGCCCAAGCCCAAGCCCAAGCCCAAGCCCAAGCCCAAGCCCAAGCCCAAGCCCAAGCCCAAGCCCAAGCCCAAGCCCAAGCCCAAGCCCAAGCCCAAGCCCAAGCCCAAGCCCAAGCCCAAGCCCAAGCCCAAGCCCAAGCCCAAGCCCAAGCCCAAGCCCAAGCCCAAGCCCAAGCCCAAGCCCAAGCCCAAGCCCAAGCCCAAGCCCAAGCCCAAGCCCAAGCCCAAGCCCAAGCCCAAGCCCAAGCCCAAGCCCAAGCCCAAGCCCAAGCCCAAGCCCAAGCCCAAGCCCAAGCCCAAGCCCAAGCCCAAGCCCAAGCCCAAGCCCAAGCCCAAGCCCAAGCCCAAGCCCAAGCCAACUGA